GUAGUCCGUUUCAUCGUUUCAGUCGCACGUUUGCGCUUCUCGUUGGAAUCUUCGUCGCUGGCGGCUCAUUUCCACAAGUCGAGAGUUCGCGGUGAAAGCUAGUUUUCUCGUGCCUGUGAGCGUGGCUGCAUCGAAGAGAUACGUCCUUGUUUAGUGAACGGAACGAUUUAGGGGUGCCAGUGAAUCAGUGAACCUGGGGGAGCUGCACCGAGUGAACGUUACGAGGCAACGAGAGGAAGUGGCCAGGAUGCAGGGCUUCCAGAGGAACUUUGACGAUCAGCAGAGAGAUCAGAGGGAGGAAGAGACGAUAGUAGUGGACCUCGUGCCACCCCAGUAUCAGCUUAGCCCGCCGCACAGCCCCCCGGCGGGAAACAUGCCCAAGACGCCGGAAAAAGAGACCUCGCCGUCGCAUCAGCAGCAGCCUUUGUCCUCCAUGGACCCCAAUAUCAGAAGAUAUCGAACGGCGUUCACGAGAGAACAGCUCUCUCGAUUGGAGAAAGAAUUCCACCGAGAGAACUAUGUGAGCAGACCAAGAAGACAACAAUUGGCCGAUUUGCUGCACCUGCCCGAGUCCACGAUCAAGGUCUGGUUCCAAAACCGUCGCAUGAAGGACAAACGGCAGCGAAUGGCGAUGGCGUGGCCGUACGCCAUGUACACGGAUCCAACCCUGGCAGCAACCCUGCUGGCCGCAGCGACGGCCACGCUGCCACCACCGCCUUAUCACGGUGCCCCAGGAUUACCACCCGCGCACCUGGCGCCAUCGAGUUAUCCAGCAGCCGCUGCUGCAGCGUACUACGCGGCCAGGUACACGCCGUACCAAACAGGGGUGCCCAACAGCCAGUCUUCCCUUCACCGGCCUCAUCCGCGCACAGCGGCCCCUUAUCCGGCUCACCCUCAUCUCUUGCAGCCUCACCAUUCACUGCCUCCCCUUCACUUGUCAGGCCUGGGCGUUCCCACUGUUGGCAACACCGCCUUUCAGGUGAACAACCCACCCACCACAGUUGGAGCCACCUACAGACCGACCUUGCUGCCCGAUCUGAGCCCAGUGCCCUCGGACGCGUCGAGCGACUGCGACUGCGUCGGAACGCAACCCCAUCACCACCACAACGGCCAGCAGAUGCACGACAAGACCACCCCUCCGCCCGAAAGCCAGCAUCCCGCUCAGAUCAAGAUGCCAUCGGGGAUGGUCGGUCUGCCAACCACCAUUCAAGCCAUCGGGGCUUUCGAGAGCAAGCACGCGUACACCAGCAUCGUCACGACGCCCAGCGUGGUCCAGGCGACCAAGAUGGACCCCCCGAAGCUCUUCCAGCCGUACAAGAACGACAUCACCGAGAGAGCGUAAGAGUAGUAGGCCAGGUUUCUCGCGGGAGCGAUGAUUUGAACGCUUGGAAUCGGGUGAAUCCGAAGGGAGGUACCGUCGAGGAGGUUUGGGUUCGAGAGCAGUGAUUCUUGAACUUCUUAGGAUGAGAGCGUGUUCUGCAGAGGAAGGAAAGCUCGAAGGUUGGACACCGUGUUUCUUGUAGAAGGGAUCUCUGUAGAUAUCACCUACUUUUUACACUUGGUUGCACUUUUUACCAUUGGACAUAGCCGCAGUUUUAUCAUUCGAUCGCUGCAUAGCGAAUUUUAUUUUACCCUUCGAAGACGAAAUUGUAUUUUAUCUUUUGUACGUAUGAACUUAUAUUGAUCGAUCAUCGUGACGAGCUAGUAGCUGGCCCAGCAAGGGCAUUCGUCUUUUACCAGUAGGUGUUGAUCCUCUGCAACAAUUCAAGAAGAGGUCCGACUUUAAUGGAUCCUUAUGAGUCGCGAAAAAUUCCAGUAGAGACGUCGAAAAUGUUAAGGAAUGGAUAUCCAACGUUUAGAGUCACAGUUUCGGAUCGCUCGUCGGAUGUACAUAUCGUAGUUGGAUGUAAAUUGUUUGUAUCUUCUCUAUCGUUUUAGGUCUAUGUGUAAAUAGCAGACGUGGAGACGUCACGAUUCGCGUUCGACUUCUGCCGAUUAGAAUAGAAUUAAAAGAAUCGUGUCCGUGUAUACAGACGUGUAUAUAGUCCCUUGUAAUAUAUUUGUUUUAAACCGUGAAUAGGUGUCGAACGAUAAACGAUGUCAGCGGAGUGUAAAUACGUCGAUCGGUUGUAAACAACCAUGUACCUGUUAAUAACGAUAAUGAAAUCGCAGUGCGACGUUUGUAUAGGAGAACACAACGAUGCUUGAGUGUGAUUAGAUAGAUAGUUACCGUGUAGCGAUGUACAGUAAUCGAGUCUUAAGUAAUAUAUUGUAGUCAUUAUCUACGAAUUUGUAGAGCCACGAUCAAACGUUUCGAUUAGACUGUCGAUAUUUAUGCUUCAGUACCUAUGUGUCUACCUAAAGAGGUGCGAUCAAAUAUAUGGAAAAAAAAAGAUAAAGAAUAAUUAUUACAUAUGAACCAUAAAUGCGUUGUUACGAUU